CAUCAUCCAAAUCAUCAUCAUCAUCAUCAUCAUCAUCAUCAUCAUCAUCAUCAUCAUCAUCAUCAUCAUCAUCAUCAUCAUCAUCAUCAUCAUCAUCAUCAUCAUCAUCAUCAUCAUCAUCCAAAGCAUCAUCAUCAUCAUCAUCAUCAUCAUCAUCAUCAUCCAAAUCAUCAUCAUCAUCAUCAUCCAAAGCAUCAUCAUCAUCAUCAUCCAAAUCAUCAUCAUCAUCAUCAUCAUCAUCAUCAUCAUCAUCAUCAUCAUCAUCAUCAUCAUCAUCAUCAUCAUCAUCAUCAUCAUCAUCAUCAUCAUCAUCAUCAUCAUCAUCAUCCAAAUCAUCAUCAUCAUCCAAAUCAUCAUCAUCAUCAUCAUCAUCAUCAUCAUCAUCAUCCAAAUCAUCAUCAUCAUCAUCCAAUCAUCAUCAUCAUCAUCAUCAUCAUCAUCAUCAUCAUCAUCAUCAUCAUCAAUCAUCAUCAUCAUCAUCAUCAUCAUCAUCAUCAUCAUCCAAAUCAUCAUCAUCAUCAUCAUCAUCAUCAUCAUCAUCAUCAUCAUCAUCAUCAUCAUCAUCAUCAUCAUCAUCAUCAUCAUCAUCAUCAUCAUCAUCAUCAUCAUCAUCAUCAUCAUCAUCAUCAAUCAUCAUCAUCAUCAUCCAAAUCAUCAUCAUCAUCAUCAUCAUCAUCAUCAUCAUCAUCAUCAUCCAAAUCAUCAUCAUCAUCAUCAUCAUCAUCAUCAUCCAAAUCAUCAUCAUCAUCAUUCCAAUCAUCAUCAUCAUCAUCAUCAUCAUCAUCAUCAUCAUCAUCAUCAUCAUCAUCAUCAUCAUCAUCAUCAUCAUCAUCAUCAUCAUCAUCAUCAUCAUCAUCAUCAUCAUCAUCAUCAUCAUCAUCCAAUCAUCAUCAUCAUCAUCCAAAUCAUCAUCAUCAUCAUCAUCAUCAUCAUCAAUCAUCAUCAUCAUCAUCAUCAUCCAAAUCAUCAUCAUCAUCAUCAUCAUCAUCAAUCAUCAUCAUCAAUCAUCAUCAUCAUCAUCAUCAUCAUCAUCAUCAUCAUCAUCAUCAUCAUCAUCAUCAUCAUCAUCAUCAUCAUCAUCAUCAUCAUCAUCAUCAUCAUCAUCCAAAUCAUCAUCAUCAUCAUCAUCAUCCAAAUCAUCAUCAUCAUCAUCAUCAUCAUCAUCAUCAUCAUCAUCAUCAUCAUCAUCAUCAUCAAUCAUCAUCAUCAUCAUCAUCAUCCAAAUCAUCAUCAUCAUCAUCAUCAUCAUCAUCCAAUCAUCAUCAUCCAAAUCAUCAUCAUCAUCAUCAUCAUCAUCAUCAUCAUCAUCAUCAUCAUCAUCAUCAUCAUCAUCAUCAUCAAUCAUCAUCAUCAUCAUCAUCCAAAGCAUCAUCAUCAUCCAAAGCAUCAUCAUCAUUAUCAUAAUGUGUUUAUUACAAUUAUAUUUGAUUGCAUCAACCCCAAUUCAAUGGUAUAAACAUUAUACAAUACAUAGUUGUAUAUAUAUAUUUAUAGCUACUUAUAAUUUGGCAUCAUUUCAUAUCUAUUGGAUGGUGUAUUAUAUUGAUUCAGAUGUCAUAAUCAAGAAUCCAGUAUUGAAUAAAUUACCAUUAUAUUAUAUGCAUUUAAUUAAUUCCAUGGGAGUGAUCGUAAUUAUUACGGAUGCAUUAAUAUGGAAACCAAAACGAAUACCCUUUUUAGUUUCAUACAUUCCUUGUUGUACAUUUAUUACUAUAUACAUAGCAUACUUAGAGAUAACAGAUGUAUUAAAUGAUUAUGUAGAAUCAACCAAUUCUGUUUUAUUAUCAUUUGUAUAUCGUUUUUUAUAUUAUUUAUUAUUAUGGUUUAUCAUAACCAUAUACAAUACUGUCAGUUAUGGAUUCAUUCGUUUACUUCAUUUUAAGAAAAAUAAUAAUCACGAACUAAUAACUUCUUCAUAGUUUACUAU